ACCAUUUUUUUGUCUUACUCAUUCACUAACCCAAAUGUGCUAUCUCACAAUCUCAGUUGUUUAAAUGCCUACGUUAACUACAGAUCACUGAGUGAAAAUCCAGAACCACAAUAACCACCACGAAGCAUCACAGUUUUCUCCGAGACAUGGUAAACCGUAGCCAUGACAGCGACGAUGACCGGGAGCAGCCAAAACCAGUGGUUCUCAUCACCGGGUGCUCGCAGGGAGGAUUAGGCCACGCGCUCGCACGCGCCUUCGCGGCCAACGAUUGCACGGUGGUGGCUACGAGCAGGUCGCUGUCGAGCAUGGCGGACUUUGAACCCGACCCGAGAUUCUUCUUGCAAGAGCUCGACGUUCAGUCCGAUGAGAGCGUGCGCCGUGUGACGGAGGCUGUUGUUCGCAAGUACGGCAGGGUCGAUGUUCUGGUUAACAAUGCCGGAAUACAGUGUGUGGGCCCACUCGCUGAGGUUCCUCUUUCCGCCAUUGAAAAUGCCUUUGGGACCAAUGUGUUUGGUUCCUUGAGGAUGGUUCAGGCUGUUGUUCCUCACAUGGCAACUAGGAAACAAGGAAAGAUUGUGAACGUUGGUAGUGUUUCUGCUCUUGCUUCUGGACCUUGGUCAGGCGCUUACUCUGCUUCUAAAGCUGCUCUUCAUGCUUUGACAGAUACAUUAAGAUUGGAACUUGCACUCUUUGGAAUUGAUGUUGUCAAUGUUGUCCCUGGUGCUAUCAAGUCAAACAUUGGAAAUUCUGCCUUAGCCAGGUACGAUCGCAUGCCUGAGUUGGAGUUAUUCAAGCCUUUUGAAGCGAGAAUUAGAGAGCGAGCCAAUUUUUCUCAGAGGAGCAGGACAACCCCUGCAGAUAUGUUUGCUAAAAACACUGUAGCUGUCAUCCUCAAGAAGAACCCACCUGCAUGGUUCUCCUAUGGGCCUUACUCAACCGCCAUGGCUAUCAUGUACCAUUUACCAAUCUGUGUUAGAGACUUUAUUUUGAAGAAAAUAAUGAAGUGUUGAGCUACAGCUGGAUGUACCCAACUUUUGCACAUAGUAUUGUUGGACAAUCUGUUAAGACAUUCCCAGUUUAGCAGGAGAUAUUGUUGAUGAAUGUCUUGCUAGGGUUUAUGAAGUGUGUUUAGUUUGGCUUUUGCAAAUCAAUUUAAAUUCCAAUAUCAAUUAUAAUAAAAAUUACAAAAGUGUGACUUUUGCAUAGAAGUACAUUGGUUUUGGUGCC